AUGGAAAUGGUGGCUAAAGAGUUCAAUCAUGUUCUCCAAGGAGAAGAUGACGAAGCAGAAGAAACACUUUCUCUUUGUGAUUUCGCAGUAAACAGCAAUACAGAAGAUUAUAACAACUGGAAGGAUAAGGGGUUCGACAUUGAAGAUCAAGGAGAAAGGUCAAGCUCUGAAGAUAUCUUCGAGUUUUCAAGCGAAGAAUUUUUUACAUCUUCAACUAAUUACCCAACAGACAACGUUAUGUUCUGUGGAAAACUCAUUCCACUCAAGCAACGUGUUGUUCCUGAACAAACCCGGAUCAUAAACGACAUCGUUCUCCAGCAACGAAAACGACUUGAGAAAAAAUCAGCGAUCAUUAAUUACAGGCCAUUAACUCGGGGGAAAUCGAGGUGGUAUUUGUUUGUGUUUGGAUAUGAAAGGUUUCCUUCUGAAAUGGAGCUGAGAGAUAUAAAGAACCGGCAGAGUCGUCGGAGGGAUGUUAAAGAUAAUGCAGCUGUAACAAUGUUUAAAUUCAACGACGACAAUGGAGGUGAAAUUGGUAAUGAUAAAAGUAAUCACAAAAAGGGUUUGUGGAGAUUGCUUAAAGGUUUGGGAUGUAAAAGCCUGAAAGCAAAUCCUGUUGCCAAGGCAUCGUUUGGGCUGCGAUCUCCAUGUUCGUGA